AUGCGAAGGCCGUGGGAGAAUUCCGGGCUCGAUGCGGCGCUGGACCCCGCUGCGGGUGUCGCCGUCGCCGCUGGAGAGCUGUGCGUUUUCCUGCAGGGCGGUCACUGCCCCCCUGCUGCACGAGGUGUGGAGCGCACCCAGCGCGCUGGCUUCCCUCGACGCUCCGCGCAAGAGAACUAUGUCGUCGCCGAGGGUCGCCACGUGACGACGCAUCCAUUCUGCAUCGGGUACCGGCCGAUCCAACGCCUUCUUUUCCCGCUUCUGGGCAGAGUGCAGCGUCCCGCACCUUGCAGUUCUGUCUCCGGAGCGGUGUGUGUAUUUUUUUCUGACAACAUGCCGCAGCCUGCGCAGGUGGCGGCGCGCGCACCGCGAGCGCGGAGCUGUGGUGUCGUCGCGGUAGCUGCGCGCAGCCUCUCCUCUUCAGAUCCUGAUCGCUCUUCUUCUCCUUCUCCCUCUUCUUCUGCUUUCGCUCCACACAGCGUCUCGCGAGGCGUCCGGCGGUCGAGCUUUCUUCCGCUGCCCUUGUCAGUGAGCGCGCUUCCACUCCUCUGCGUGCUUCUCCUCAGCUCGGAGCUGCCGCCGAGCAAGCCCAUCCUCCCGUGGACGCCCGCGUGCGCGUCGCUAGAGCAGACGGAGCCCUCGACGACUCUCUUUUGGCCUGACUUCCCAGAGCAAGGCCUCGGCCCCACAACUGUGCCGUGGAAACUGACGCAGAAUGGCGCUUCUCCGGGAGAACACCGCGAAAGCCCCGUGCGGCGGCGAGUCGUGGGGGCCGUGUACGGGGCGGUUAGCCCUCGUCCCAGACGCGCCGCACGCGGCGGAGACGGGGAGACAGCCCAGGCGACGCAGCGCGACGCGCACGUCCAGCAGCUGCCUCGACCGGCCGCCGGCGAUCGCGCCGCUCUCGAGAUGGGCUUCGCGGAGCGCUCCAGGAGUCUGUACCGGCGCCGCGAGAGAGCCCAGAGCGGGGGGGACCGCCCCGAGGGCGUUCAGCGGCUCGAGGAAGCGAAGGCGACGACCCGCAGCCACGCAGCCGCGGGUCGGAAGCGGCAACUGCGGCGAAACGUGUUGAUUGCUUUGUCUGGGCUCGUGGCGUUGGGGGCGGUGGUCGCAGGGGCCCUCUUGAAUGUCGUCGCGCCCGAGCUCAGGGAGGAGGAGGAGGACGCGGAAAUCGAUGGCGCUGCGUCUUCCUUCAGCUUGGCCGGGGUCUCGACCCAAGGGCUCCGCACGCACGGUGUGUUAAGCGACAUCGUGCUGCGUGAAGACGCCCCCCUCGGCUUCUCUGGCAUGCGCCAUCGAACGCUGUGA